AUGACCAGGGCUCCCGUUGUCGGGUUCGGCACUAUCAAGUGCGAUGCUGAUUUGAAGUUUUUUCUCGAGGACCAUCUCGAUUUCGAGGCCUUGUCGCUUGUUUUCAACAGUACCAGCCGAUUUGCCAGGCUUCAGUGCAUCAAGUACAUGGAUGUUAUUGGCAUCUAUGGAAACUACUGUUCAGACAAGAAAUCGGCUGCUGCGAAUUGGAUUGAAGGUCGGGGUAAAUCAGUUGUUUGUGAGGCUAUCAUCAAGGAAGAUGUAGUGAAGAAGGUCCUCAAGACUGAUGUUGAGUCCUUGGUGGAGCAAACAUGCCCAAGAACCUUCAUGUUUCUGCAAUGGCUGAGCUCUGGGUGGCUUCAACGGCCAUGCCAGCAAUAUUGUCUCUACUAUACAUAUUGCCACAGGCCAAGAUCCUGCACAAAAUGUUGA